AUGGGCACUUCCCUGUGUGGCCUUUCACCUGCAGUUAGUCCCAGGUUAUCCGGUCGGGCGCCUUACCAAGGUGACUGUUCAGUUUUUUACCCCAGGCAAGUAUUUCAGUUUUUUAAUUUAUCUGUUUAUUUAUCUAUCUGUCUAUCUGUCUUUUAUUUAUAUAUCUGUAGCUCAGAUGGUAAAGAAUCUGCCUGCAAUGCAGGAGACCUGGGUUCGAUCCCUGGGUCAGGAAGAUCCUCUGGAGAAGGGAAUGGCAACCCGCUCCAGUGUUCUUCCCUGGAGAAUUCCACGGACAGAGGAGCCUGGCGGGCUACAGUCUGUGGGGUCACAAAGAGUCGGACACGAUUGAGUGACUCACACUACUAUUUAUAUAUCUAUUUAUUUAUUUUGAUUGUGCCAUUCAGCAUGCAGGAUCUUAGUUUGCUGACCAGGAUCAAACCCAUGCCCCCUGCAGUGGAAGCAUGGAGUCUUAACCACUGCAUCUCCAGGGAAGUCCCUCAGUUUGUUAGUUUAUUCCUUCCUUCAUUUAUCCAUUUAUUUAAAAGUAUGUGUUGA